AUGCAGAAUGAGCCGACCGUCUGUCAUUUGCCAGCCAGUCCGCCGGGCCGAUGUAGUCUGAAGGAGUUGGGUUCAAGACCUGUCACCCGUUCAGCCGAGCACUCAAGGACUCUGUUCCUGCAGAACGUCAUCAAUGUUGUCCAGAGCCAGAGGAGUACCGCGCUUCGUGACAAAAUAUCACCACUUCUGCUCCAAAGCCUAUCCGAGAAGGGUAUAAAGUUAGUGUUGCCGGGCCUCUUCUACCAUUCAACUGAGGAAUUCAUGCACCAUUCAACUGAGGAAUUCAUGCACCACUCAACCGGUGAAAAGGAGGCUAGAUCUUUUGAGUGA